GUGACAUAAAAACCGCUCUUAACCUACGGUAACCCAGGACGAUUGCAAGCUUGCUGAUUGCCUGAGUGAACAAGUUGUAUUUUAAACUGGCAAUUUAUUAUUUUGUUAAACAGCAGGGAGCUUGAGGGAAAUCGAUGCUCCAAAUACCAACACAACCAGAGCUGUGCUUGCUUGCCUCUGACAGGAAUGCCGUUCCCCAACUGGUAAUUUAUCCACCGAAAUUUGAUACAUCCGAAAGAUUUUAUAACGGUUAAAUUUCGAGUUAAUCGCAAAGGAGAAGUGUGUAUCAAGUCAUUCAUACUGUAUUUGAAGAUAGCAUACGACUCAGUUUGAAAGAUUAAAGGCACGCUAAAAUGGCGUACUACAGCAGAAGACAAGUAAGUGUAGCUAAGUUUCUCGUUGUCUCUUAGUGCUCUAUACCAAAUUAGCCUAUGAACACCUGAUUUGUAAUUUGGUAAGUGUAUAGUAAGGCUUAUUUCACCAUAAAUUACGAUUUUUUUUAUAAAUCUACUCUGACAUACGAAGGCAUGCACUGGUAGUCUUAAACACCGCAAAACAAAUACGGACUAUUUAACGGAUUGGCAUUCUUAUAUACAGCCAAAGACUAUAAGAGCGAUUUUCUUAUGUAUACCAUAAAUAAAUGACAGUUAUAAUUUCGCUGUAUUCUUUAUUAAAUUUCAUUGCAUUAGUUUAACGGAAUUUCCGAAAAUAUAGUAAGAAGCAAAGCCAACUGGUGAUCAGACUUGUUCAGUUCUUGUUGAUACUUUUACCUGAAGGAUUUUACAGCUACUUGUUCAACUCACGACACUGUAAUAUUUGCGCGAUAUCUAAUUAUACCAACGCCCCGCACUGAAAUGUCUAAGAAUGAGCUAACGCGUAGACAGUUCAGUAAAGUGUAGUUGUAUUCGACAUAAAGAAGCAAAGUAUAUGCCAUAACCACCAUUUUUAUUUUAUUAAAAUAUCGCCAAUUGAACUCAGUUGAACUCUGUGGAAUCUACGAACGAUUAUUUUUACUUUCGAUGUUUCUUUCCUAAUGAUGACUAUAAGAAUUGGUCGAAAAGUCGAAAGUGAAAUUAUUCAGUGAGAAUUUGAACGUGGUUAUAUAGGUGUUCGCAGCUAGCACAGUCUUAAAAAGUUAUUGUAUAUAUCAAUUUCUAUUCUAAAGUACUCGGCUUCCAUUCCAAAGAUAUAUUAUCAAAACUAUACAACUGAAACAUUAGUCUCUGUGUAUUUACAAAUAUGUUUAGUGUAGCAUGCAAAAAUAGGUAUGAGUACUAUUUUGCAUAUGAUUAAAAUAUUUGGCACUGAUUUAAAUUCUUUGAUUUGCAUAAACUUUGAUACACUGUAUAUAUCUAAGUGUUUCCAAAUUAAAAAUCAGAUUAAGGCACAUUCUAAGAAUAUACUAUUAUAUAAGUAUCAAUAAUAUGUAUACUAGUUGAAAAAAUCUUGAUGAAAAUUGAAUUGAAGUAGCUGAUUACGAUAUGGUCUAGCUUCGCGAUCAACUCGAACUCUCAUUCCCUUUUCUCUGCGACAAAUUGGUCUGUUCGCCGCAAACAUACAUGUAUACUGCAUGGCACAGACGUUCUAGAAUAUAUAAACUUUUGUCUAUAACCCUGCCGCUCUUUCUAAACUAAAUGAAUAAAUACAUAUAAUGUUUUCCAUCGUCACUGAUCUGAAAAUAACAAGGACUGGUAAGGCAUCUUUUUCACAAUUGAAUGACAAUGCUGCCUAGUAUGAGCCAAUUUUGAAGCCAAAAUCUUUAUUGAUGAGAUGAGGUUUUAAAACUUGUCAAAUUCUUUACAUUGCAGUACACAAAUCGAAUCGUCAGGUUUUUGAAUUAGCAUUACCAAUAUAGAUUUAACUAUCAAGCAAACAUAGUUACCUAAUACAAAACUUGGAAAAUAUAACUUUUCACAUAUUUCCAUUUAGUACUUUUUAUUGCCACCUUUUACGCUUUACGUAAAAACAUUUUCUUUGUCCUACGUUUGUUGUCUGACCUAUGAACGCAAAGUUUAAACUUCUCUGAUGAGACCUGAGCAAUUCUAUAUUGGUGCGACCUCAUUCAUUUAGGGAGAUUAGGAGGAAUACAGACCACUGGUUAUGUAUUGCAUAAAAGAUCGCAUAAGCUAGUCAUAACAUCCUUAAUUCGAAGUUUGUGAGUUCAAGGCAACCAUGCAGGCGUAAUAUCAGUAAUGUUUUUGCUCCUACUCUGAAUUUCAUAAAUGAAUGCACAAAGCCCAGUCGAACUACAUUUACGACCCAACAUUUCGACACUCCAGUCCAGUGUCUUCAAGAUCAGGGGUGAUCUGAAGUCGCAACGUGGCUUCUUAUAUACCCAUGGGAUGACGUCAUCUGCUAAUAACAAGAUGGAUAUGUUCUUGUGGCAAAUAGACAUGCAUGCACCGUAAUCCCUAUAUAUUUAACCAUGAGUACUCAUAUUUAUAUGCCAUGGUAAUAACUCUAGAGUUUUCCCACGCAAUAACGUGUUUGAUGUCACACAUAUGUCCUGCUGAAGCUGAUUUCUCCUUAUUUAAAGUUGAAACAGCCACUUUUGGUGUUCUUUUAGGCGUGUGCCAAACUGGCGUUUCGAUUGACCCAGAUACUCCUUUUCACAGUCACCGAAUAGUAAAGAAUAUACAAUAUGAAUUUUCUGAUUUGUUUGAAAAGGAUCUUUCGGCUUUGGCACUUUGGGAAAAUAUGUCCUAAAGUCAAAUAAGGUUUCAAAGUAACCUUAACAUUACAAUUAUUUAAGAUUCUCUCGAUUGGUUCUGUAACACCUUGAAUGUAUGGAACUACUGCAUAACUCUUGACAGAGGUAUCACCCUCGGAGUUAUUUGGUUCUUACAGACAGUUUGGUCAGGCGAACAGUAGCCGUAGAUAACGCACAAUAAGAAAUUGCACAAGAAAGUGGCCAUGCCACUGAGUAUACUUAUGGCAUGGCAUUGUCGUUUUGAUCUAUUUGCAACAAAAUAAUAUAUUCCUGAUCAGUCACCUAACAUUGUUUUCGGGUCUUUGGUCAUUUCUUGUAACAACUGUUAAUCGAUUUGUAGCUCCAUUUCCUGAUCAUGAUAUGCCGCUAUCUUGGGAGACAUCUACGAGAAGCUCUGCAAAACGGGGAUGGACUUGUCUAUUGAAACAACGGCGUAGGCUGAUUAGGUCUAUUGCUGUCAGUUUAGCCGGUGAACUCAAAACUCUUUCGCUCCCGUUUGAUGUUUAGGCUAGUCUAAUUUUGACUGUCAUAUAUUUCCGUCGGUGUAUCGACCAUUACAGAGCUUUGCACUUCUUUCUUUUCUUUGAAUUAAUAAAUAAAUUACAUUUCUUGCGUUUUUGAAUAUUAGUAAAAAAAGUGAAUUACCUUGGAAGCUUGGCAACAAUCGCCGAAGUAUUUUAGGUAUGACCGAUCAGCCGUACCUGUAACUCCAUCUUCGUGAAGCAUAGCCAAAUUUCAAUUAACGCUGUUUGCUAUAUAUACAUCUACUCUCCUCCACAAGCAACACCUUGUACCCUCAUGUACACAGUACACCCCACCACUGGCUUACCAACUCAAUUUUCACAGGUCCAUACCCCAGUGAACCCCUUGCAGCCUCAGGAGGUGGUUAUAGCUAUAGUUUACAUUGUGGAGUACCAAAUUCACAACUUUGUAUAACUCUGCGAUAUAAUUACUUUAUAUAAUUACGAUUGUUCUAUAGUUUAAUAAAUAGAACAAAGGUAACUAUAUGCAUUAGAAUUAAUUAUCAUACAUAGAAAUGAUUAUCAUGCGCUGUACCGCAAAAUGUAGAUUGUUCCCUUGGUUGAAUAUUAGAAAGAGAUAGAAAAGACGACGACGCAAACCCAACGACGCGGUCUCAAUUUCAGCCCAAGAUUGAGACCUAAGGAACCAUGAUUACUGUAAUAAAUAGUGUAGAAGCUUUUAAAAUAACCUUAUACACGUCUAAGUUCGAAAAAAUACCCCGAUCCGGUGUUCGCUAUGCGACAGAUUUUAUAUGCAACAAGCAUUCACGUUGCUCCGAUGACGUGAAAAUCUUAGUUUAACGUUGUAUUCAGAAUGACAACGUUGUUGACCCUGGGGCCACAAAUUAUUCAAAUUUUUUGUUUUGCAUGAACAAUUUCUUUGUUUCGAAGGCGGCAUUUCAGUUCGCGUCGUGUUUUCUAAAUCAGUCUGAUAGGCUCUCAAAACAACGACGACGGAACGCAGCAUUUUAGGAUUUUUAUAAAUUUUAAUACGUAAAUAUGAUAGCAGAAUCUGAAGCUCCAAAAUAGAGCUCUAAUAUAACUUGCAUGUCAGUUAGACACGUUGGCCAAACUUGUCCAUUGAUUUCGUGUGGUUACUCCAAUCGAGGGGUUUAUCACUGACAAAAAUCAGUCGUGCACCUCCAAAACAAUAAUUGAAAGUUCCUAUAAAAAAAUCUCUAAAGUUUUCCAGCCUGUGAAAUGGUCCAAAAUCUCAUAUAUUUAAAAUACCUCAAAAUUGUUUAAAACUAUAAAAAGUGCUGAAAGGGUCUCGAAAACACCCGGAAAAAUUCCUAACGGUCUCAUAUAAUAUAUAUAUGAGUUGCGGAACUCUAUAAAAUCUAGUAAACGGUUUUGGAGUGAUGGACUUCUCGGUUCAAAUCCCGCUAAUGUUCUUUGCUUCUUUCCACUUUUCAUUUUAGGGUUCAGCGUUUUCCCAGUAUGCUGCCCAAUAUUUCCAAAAUGGUGCACCUCCAUAUUACGAACACCAUCCAUCAUUACGUCGACCACUACUGUACCUGGAUAAUGCAAUUGACCAAAUGGUACGUAUUCAUUAGUUUCAGUGUAUUAGAGAGGUUCAGAUUUGACUUUCACCGCCGCUGCUGCUGCCAUCAAGGGACCAUUAACGAAGCAGAUACAUUGUCUAAGAAAUGAGCCCCAUGCAUAUAUGAUUUUUAAACUUAUUAAAUGGUGCUCCCAUUAUGCUUUGCACGCUUUGAGUUUAAGGUUUAGAGUUUAAGAUUUGCAAAGGAAAACCUUUUUUGAAUUAUAGCUGUAUGUAUAUGUAUAUAAGGAGAAAACCUUUUACGAGUGAGAUAUUUCAUAACUGUGUUAGAAAUAUAUGUUUUUAUUUCUUUUCUGCGCGAGGUAGCGAACCGUUUACAGUCAUUCUCUAAUAACUAUCAGUUCUUAGUGUUCGUCUUCUUGCAGUAGUUUUUCAAGAGUUCACUUCAGCCUUCAACUGGCUUUCACUGUUCGUGAUCUGUUCGUUAAUUUCUUCGUUUUGUCUUGUUUCGUUUGAGCUUUCUACAACUUUUCAUACAUAAUUUUUACUUCAUUGAGUCCACUGACGAAUUCGGAUUGUGCACGCCCUUUUAAAAUAACGGUUGUACGUGAUGUAGCAAGUGGUGUGAUUUGUAUCCAGCCAAUCAACGUUGAGUUUUAAAAGUGUGGGUUGGCGUUGCUAGCUCGUUCCAGCUCUCACAUUCUGUUUAUUUAAGGCGUUGUCGCACUGGUCGAGUUGGUUCGCUGUUCAAUCGAUCAUCAUUACAACAUGUUCACAACUUAAAAUACUCAUCAAAAUAUCAUAGUAAAAACUUCAAACUAUACCUAUGUGAACCUUACUUUACCUACUAAACUAAAUUUACUUACAAUUUUAUCGAACCAAAAUUUUGAUGACGUAAUGUUAUCAUUACUCAACCGCGCGAAAUAUACCGAAGAAUGAUUGACAGAAAGGCCCUAAGCAUGCACAUUUUCAUGUCAGAGAAGAAGCAGCCUUGGACUUUGAAUUAUGUAAACACAACAGCCCACCAUGCAAGGCUAUCGUCCAACUUUGACAGUUUGACAAAUCAUUUAUCUUGCCUAAUGGACAGAUAAUUGACACUUUUACACAAGUCCGAAAUGAUAUAUACUUUAUCUGAGUUUUACAGCAAAAAUGCUCAUUGUCUCUCCAUUUGACGUAACUAGUAUCUAUAAUUACCUGGGAUGCAAAUUGAACAAUUUUUAUACUAUUUAGAUAUACUUUCGUAACAACUGUGCCCGCCGAGACUGGGUUUCGAACCCGGGACCUUCGAAUUACUAGAUCGAUCUUCUACCAACCGAGCUACACGGUCAGGGCGGAUUAAAGACUGAAAACUAUUAACUUUAUACUGAAUGUCAUAAACAUACUGGUUUAUGUUAAUUGAGCAUCGAACAAUGCUUGUUCUGCGAGUGUUAUACUGUAUAGUGUUUUGUUAUUGUUCACUCGGUGUAACACUGUCUCGCAGUCGCAGAACAAGUAUUGUUCGAUGUUUCAUCCGAAAGGAAUCAUCAAGUGGCUCACAAAUUUCGAAAUAUGGGCUGCUUAAAUGCUUACAGUCGAAAACGUGGGCGUGUGGGGUCAAACAAUGCAUGCAUUCCUUUCAUUGUUAUCAUUGUUUACUAGAAGUUUCUUUUUAUGAUUACAUGUCGAAAAUAUUUCCGGUUUUUUUUCCUUCAAAGUUUUUCCUCUAAACACAAAUUAUAUAUUUUUUAUCCUCCCGUAUAAGAAACAGCGCGUUUUGUUAUUGACCAAGUUAUGUCGAAAUCUUCUUUUUUCAAAUUUCCAAAUAUAUUUUGAAUGUUCUCUAUCGUUUGAGUAUUUUUUGCGUAGAAGACCUAUUGUGGUUGCUCCGGUAUCGCUAUGAGUUGUUGAGUUAUCAUGUGUUUCCCAUUCUCUUGCAGGCGGCUUUGGGAAUUUGGAAAACUGUGUUUUCUUUCAUGCAAAACUUGCAAUCUACACCACGUUUUCGUUAUCAAGGACAACAAAGGGUAAGUACUGCUAUGAAAGUGAAAAAAAAACACUCACUGGUUUGACUGCAUAUAUAAAUGUCUAUUUUGUAUUAAAAUGGCAUUAAAAUAAAAGUCGAUUUAAAACAUAGGUUUCAUGCAUGCCUUGUUCAAAAAUAUACUCAGUUGUGAUUUUUUAGUGAUUACGCAUUAACUAAAAUCAAUACCCAAUGAUAUUUGGUUAACCGGACUUACCGGAGUGCAAAUUAUGUAAAUCAGCAGGAUCAGCUUUCAUCAGAUAUAUGCAAGCUCCUUCACGGUUAAUAUUUUCCUCUGUGUUUAUUGAUAGUUAGUUAUUAAUAAUACUAUUUACUAGCUCGUCAUAACCUAAGCAAUGAGAAGGUGUACCUGUCUUGCAGAACUGCAUAUAUGUCAGUAGAGUUGUAUCUUUGUGAAAUAGCACGUUCCGUAAUAAACACAUGCAUUAAUUAAUAAUGAAAACCCUUUUAAUUCGUUUGGUUUUGUUUAAUUAAGACCUUAUAUAUAGGCCUAUAGCCCCUAAGUGUAACUAGUAGGUUAAAAUUUCAACUAGCGCCAUGCUAUAAAAUAGGCUGUUGUUGUAUAAUAGUGCUACCUUCUGCCUUUAGUUGGUGUUUAAAGACGCCAUAAAGGAAAUUCAGGAUAUUUAUCGAUACGAAAGAGCAUCUUUCGUACAAUCUCGUCUGCUAUCAACUGGACCUGGCGCAGACAGCAGCAACUUGGAGAAAGUUCAUUUUAUCAUUGGGCUUGGAAUUAUUAGAGAAUCGCUGAGGUAAUUGUUACUUACACAGUAACAUUCCGUAGGCACAAAAUGCUCUUUUCAUGCAAAAUUGCAUGUAUACAUGGUAGUCACCACAUGUUUUUACAAAGUACUGGAGCAAAUUUUAUGAAAUAAAUAGACUAUUAAAUACGAAAGUUAUUUCUGAUUUUGAACAGGAUAUGCCUGACCAAAACAUUGAUAAGUUUCAGAUGAAAAUGUUUUUAAUUCUCUGCUUGCCAGAAAUGAAAUUGUCUGUCAAAUUGUGAAGCAAUGCAUUGGCAAUCCUUCUGAAGUGAGUGUAUCGAGAGGAUGGAUUCUGCUUGCGUUGACUCUUGGAUGUUUUGCUCCCUCAGAAAAGGUACGUGCGUACAAUAGCUUGGUGAGUCUCGAACUACUGUAACCGGACAUGCAGUGGCGCCCCUCCCCCAUGAUUUUCAAAGAGGAGGUUUAGAUUCGUUCCAAUCCGAUAAAAAUUGAGGAGAGGUUGGAACUUUUUCAUCAGACACCGUUGAACGAUUGUAUCGCUAUCAAUCCGCAGCUUUCUUAUUAGACAAUGUUGCGCAUUUCUUGCGUGCACCUACUAUAAUAUAACCUAUGAAACUUUGUUCGAACAUAAAGCUCAAUGUGGCUAUGACUCCCACUGAAUGAAAUUGGCAAGUAUUCUGAAAUCAAUAUUUGACACUGCUAAUAUUAAGGUGAUUUAUUAAAUCCCUUGCAUUUUUCUCCAAGUGCCUCCACAAUGCAGCAACUGCCGUUUCAGAGGCCCAAAAUUCAUACAACCAGCCCCUCCCCGUAGAAUAGUGACGGCUGCCAAAUUAUUAAGUUGCCCCGCGAAAAAAUGAAAUCCUGGCGGUCUCACUGAACUCACUGAUUUCCUAGGGAUAUGCACAGGACUAGUAAGUUCAAAUCUGUUUGUGAAAGCAGUUGUGUUAUUUGUAUUAUUGUGACAGUCAUCAUCAUCCAGGUAUAUUAGUCAUAAAUUAAAUAAAAGGAGUGAACUAACAAGUUUUAUGCUGUACUGGUUUAUUCUCAUGUCUUAAUAAUAUAUAUAUUGAUUGCUUCAAUUUUUCAUAUGUGCGUCAUCAAAUCGUGAUCGUUAAGGUUUUGCAUUCAUUGCAAUUUGUAGUACUGUAUUAAUUUAUUAUUUUCUGCCUUUGUCGAGCGACUUUGCUUGAUUUAUUCAUUCAUUUGGGACAGUUUUCAAUCACAGUGGUUUUAUAUUUUAAGUAAUAAGCUCAUCUUAUUGCUGAAAUCGGACCAUGGAUAUAGUUUAAUUAACUGGGUUUCAAACUUUCAGCUGGUGAGAUGCCUUGUGUCAUUCUUUCGAGAAGAAAAUACCGAGCACAGCAGGUUUUGUGAGCAACUGUUGACAAGAACACUCAAAAAUGGACCAAGAAAGCAACCACCAUCUUACAUGGAAUUAAAAGUAAGAAAUAUGGAAUAUGUAACUCAUAUAAUUGAUUAUAAGCGUCUAACAUUACCUUUUUCAUUACAUUAGUAUAGGUAAACAGGUAAAAUAUAAUAUAAUAAUUGCCGUUAGCACGCUGACGCAAGGGCGCCCCCCCCCCCCCUCACUUUUUGGAUAUUCGUAAUAUAAUCUAUAAGUUCCACUUUUUGGAAUGGAUUUUCACCUUUCACACGAGCGGUUAGAUGACUGGGUUCAUUGUAUGACAGGAAUAUCAUUAUGUAUACAAUGUACAAAACAACCAUAAUUGAUAAUCCCCAGAACAGCAUCUUGAUCUCCGAGUCUCAUUAAGAGAUAAUUGUUCUCCACUUGUAACCAACCACCAACCAAAAUAAAUUAUUUAGUCGUACAAAUAAUAAAAGUAAUAAUUUAGUUGAAAUGUGUUUUCCUAACAGGCUGCAAACACAUUGCAUAUGAUACAAUUGCCAGUGGCGUUCAUGGAUGGCACAGUGAAAGACAUCGAGGUUGAUGCUCAAGUGACUGGUAAGGAGAUACGUUCAAUCAUCGCAAAGAAAAUUGGUUUGGUCGAUCAAUUUGGUUUCUCCAUUUUUUGUGCCGUCGAGAACAACGUAAGUGAAAUUGUCAUAUAGUUUAAUUUAGCUAUAUCCCAAUAAAGUUUACAAGUUACACUUGAUGUAACAUUUGUCUCCUAUUUGUUAAGGUCAGCAGCAUAGGAGCAGGUGGCGACCAUGUAAUGGAUUAUGUUUCCCAAUGUGAACAAUUCCGAAAGGAAUCUGGAUAUAAUGAACGGUCACCUGACUGGAAGCUUUACUUUGCAAAGGAGUUGUUUGCACCAUGGCAUGAUCCUGCUGAAGACAAAGUUAGCACAGACCUGAUUUACUAUCAAGUCAUUAGAGGGAUUAAACAUGGAGAAUAUAAAUGUGAGACGGUAAGGAAGCAUGAAGCACUUAUGAAUUGCAGUGGACCUUUAAUUCAUACUUCGGUCUUUCUCCUCAUGGUAACUAUCUACGUCUGGCAGGAUUCAUUCGUAUAGUAUUUUGGGACGAAUAAUGUGUGGGACAGCACAGAAGAAAACAUUGUUACUUUAUUGAGAUGUCAGAUUGAGCCAGAAAUAAAGAGUCGACUCUUACUUAAUAUUAUUAUUCUCUGGCAAAAACCCUUAUGGCAGAAACACUCAAAUAUAUUGCUUUAUUGUAUUGUAUUUUAAAAUCUUUUAUAAUAACUCAAUUGACUCAAUGCGCAUAUUUUGAGUCCAAACCAUGCAAUUGUCUAUAUCAGACAGAAUUAAAAUAAGUGUUUGAAAAAUAUUAGUGGACAAAUUUAUCAUCUCCAAUAUAUUUUUGUAGAAACAAGAGUUAGCUGAAAUUGCUGCGAAUGAAUAUUACAUUACUCAUGGCAGCCAUCUUGAUCGUAGUCUUCUUGUGAGUCUUUUGCCUUCUUAUCUACCAGAUAAAGCUCUGGAUGGUGUAGGCGCUCUUGAACAAUGGGCUGAUCUUGUAGAAGAGUCUUUUAACCAAAUCAAGGUAUGUAAUACAUGCUGUAUACAAUCUAAUAUUUAGGUAAAGCCCUGUGAAAACCGGAAUUCGAAAACACUAGCUAUGCCAAGGAAAACUGUUUCUUCGUCACGCUGGGGCAUUCUUCGUCAUACUGGGAAGUGGAGAUUUGGGCCGUGAUAUCCCCCAAUAUCUGGAAACAUUCACUUUCUAGGACAAAUUUUCCAAAAUACUCAAUAAUAAUGUCGUUAUUUCCAAUAUACUGUACUUGACCAGUUGGUCUAAAACCUUGUUUGUAACAUAGAUUAAACUGUGACGGUUUGGGUAUUAUUUGGCUACUGAACCGAUUAACAGAUAGUAUAAUUUUAGAGUAUGUCGUUAUUGAAUUGACGGGCGUUGCCGUUGGAAUUUAUAGUUUACAUGUUCGCUCACCAAUAUGCUUAUUGAACUCAGGAAAAUAUUUUGGUCCGUUUUGCAUGUAAUAUUUUAUUAUGCAUUAUUCUGCCUCUUCAAGAUUGCUUUGGCAGAUUAUCGCAGAAUAUUUGACAUGAUUGCUUAAUCACUCGUCGAAUUUACUCGUUCACUUAUGGGCAUGAGUGUAGCCAGUGGCGUAGACAGCCCGACAAUUCAGCCCCAUAUGCAAAUAUUUUCAUGUUUAUAAACUAUCAACACAAUCAAUUUCUAAAGAAAUGAAUAAUGACAAAGAGUUGAAAUUUGCAUAGGCGGAUCAAAUCUUCGGCUGGCUACGCCACUGAGUGUAGCCUCGUCGAAGCAAAGGUUUUCUCCUUACCGCUUCUCGUCUUUCGCACGACACCGUUCUAGCUUCUUAAAAAUCGUGACAAACCAUGCUUUUGCUUACCUGACAAGUAAUUUUAUGUAUGGAAUAUGUUUGAAGAACCGCUAUACAUGAAGGCUUUAUCUUAUUAUGUACAUUACCAACACCUUUUACAUUACAUCCAUCCAGCAAUAUCAGUUGAUAAAAAGAGCAAAAUACAUUCAAACAACCGAAAAUCCUCUUUGUUUCAAUAUAAGUCAGUUGUUCAACAUCAGUAACCCUUUCUCUCUCUUGAAGGAAUACUACGCUAAUGAAAGUGAAAACAAAAUAAAAGAGAACAUUGUCAUCUCAGCUCGGGUAAAGUGGCCAUUUGUCUUCUCAAGAUCAUUUGAUGUUCGUCAAGUGUCGGGUCCAGCACUACCAAGUCGCUCAGUUGUUUUCACAGUGACCUGGAAAGGUAUCCACAUCUUCGAUAACUACGAGAAUCCACUGAUGUAUUUGCGCUACCGAGAUCUUGUAAAAAUCGACGUUAAUGGAAGGUAAAGGAAUAUGG